UGAUUGGUCAGAUUCUCAGCAGUACUGAAGCGGGCUCAACAACACUGUUUUACUGUCACCUUUAACUUCGUGUUGUUUUGUUGUAUCUCCGUUCAGCGAAUAAUUUCAUCGUUUGUUUUACCGUCGAGGCACCGUAUGAAGGAGCGCUUUUAUCAGACACCUUUACCACAUUUUUCAUGAAGUGUUGCUUAACAUUUAAAUGCUGCUGUGACGGAGUGAGCUGUGUUAGCUUAGCAAGCUAACUUCCCAUUGGAAUCACAGCUAGUUGUCUGUUAGCUAACAGCUAUCAGGAGCCGCAGCAGCAGCACCGAGAGAUAAGCAUGAACUGCCCUCCCACGAAGCGUCUCCGAGGACUGAAUCACGAAGUAGCAACGGCGGUGGCCUUUGAUGACCCAUUUGGAGAUGAUGAGGACUUCACCCAAGACGACUUGGAUGAGAUCGACAUCAUCGCCUCGCAGGCCAUCACCUCAGCUGCUGCGGGAGCUAGGAUCGGGUCUAAACCAGAGAGCAAACAGGUGGAUUUGGCCCGUGGGGCAGCCUGGUCGGUGUCCGCAGGCCAGAACAAACCUCUGAGCAAAGCCACAACGAAGCAGAGCAGAGAGAACACAUUUGGGUUUAGCAGCAGCAACAGAGGGAAUGCUGCGAUAUCAAGCAGAGAACCACUUGGUAACAGGCAGCAGCAGUUUGGGUCAGACAGAGACGACUCCUACAGUCUACUGGAGGCCCAGCAUGUAGAGCUGAAGAGGAAGCUGAAGGAGGUGGAGGAAGAGAUUGUUAUGAAGAGUGGGGAAAUCCGUGUCCUUAGGGACUCCCUGAAAGCAGCUCAGCAGGAAAAGGAGGCUCAGAGACAGAACCAGGUCCUGCUGGAGACUCAGAGACAGAGAGAGCAGAGUGACAGGGAGAAGGAGCUCAACAAGAAGGUUCAGUCUCUGCAGUCUGAGCUGCAGUUUAAAGAAGCAGAGAUCAAUGAGAUGAAGACCAAACUGCACAACUCAGACAGAAACAAGAUGGCCUCUCCACUGCCUAGAAACAGUCCUAAAGUGCAGAGCUCUCUCGCCCAGUUGCAUCAUGGGCGCAGCUGCAGCAGUAGCAGCUCCUCCUCUCCAACAGGAAAUGGUUUCAUUACCAAGGAGAUGUUUGGAGCCCAGAUCCCAUCCAGAACGACACCGGUGAAGACACCAAUAAAGACACGGAGAGAGGCAGACAGAGGAGCGUCCAGCAGCAGAUAUGGUGACAGCAGGCAGGAAAUGUCUCGCCCAGACCCCUUCUUGUCUGUCAGACCUGCGCACCUGCAGCACCGAGGUGGCGUUCUGCUGGGCUUGUUGCUGCAGCAGCCUCUGUCUCCCAGCAGCCUCAGCCUCUCUCACCUGCUGUCUAUGAGUCUGACAGACAUCCACCUAACAUCUAGUGGGCCAUCAGCAGGUUUUCUGCUCCACUCUGAUGCAGCAGCAGGUAUCAGCGGAAGCAGCACUCCCAGAGCUGCUCUGAGUCCAGUCCAGAGUCUGGCUGUAACUGGAUUGAACAUGCUCAGUCAGAGCCGAACAGCAGCUGCAGCCAGCAGCAAAAACAACAGGUCAUGUCCAGGAGCUGUCCUCCUCCUCCCUCUGUUGGACCUUCACCUGUCUCAACUCUGUCAGGCUCUGGACUCGCUCCGCUCCAACUCAGCUGGCAGCGGUGAUUCAGACUCUACAGCUGCCACCUCGCUCCCAGCAGGCCAUGCUGCUCCCUCUGCUGGACCGGGAAGACUUGAGGAGACUAGUUUAUCUGGUUUCAGUGUGGAGGACACUGGUUUGGCUGCUCUGAGACUUCUCUACCUGUUGCUGGCCCACAGUGAUGAGGUGGUGGAGGCUGUGCUGUCAAAACAGAGUCAGAGCAGAGUUACAGAUGACAAGCCCGAGUCAUCUGCAGGUGUGGGUCUGUGCUCCCAGAAUGCCUUGCUGCACUCAGUGUUGCGGCUGUGUGAAGCAGGACUUGGCAGCAGCAGCAGCAGCAGCUCGCAGAGAGAGGAGCUUGUCCUCAGUGCCAUGAAGACGCUGUGUGUCCUAAUUGAAAGGACGCCACAAUCACACACCGACAGGUUGCAGUGUGUGGUGCAGGUGGUGUGUGCAUGUUUGUCAGCAGACAGCAGGUUGCAGAUGAUUUCACAGUGUGUGUCAGUCCUCGUGUCGAUGUCCGACCACCAGACAAUGGCUCAGCAGCUCUGCUCCCACCAUGACCCCUGUGUUUUCCUGAAGUUAUUCCAGGUUAUCAGAACUAGACCAGACAACCAGGCAACACACACAGACUGGAUUCUGUUGGACCUGCAGGUGGUCCGUUUGUUGAACAGACUAAUGAGUCAGCGAGCAGAAAGCUGGACCUCAAACCUUCACAGCAGCUGUCAGUGUUACACUGAGUUGGUUCAGACAGUGGUAAUUGUUUUCCAUCGUCAGUGGUUGGACCUUCGUGGUUCUCAGGAGCCGACAAACUUGACAGCUCCUUCAGGCUUGCCUGCAGCCCUGCCACAGUGCUCUGCCCCAUCAUCGCCGUGGUGGCGCAGCCCGGCAGCGUCUCUGCUCAGGGAGUGUUUGCUGCUGCUGCACUGGCUGCUGCUGCAUCACGGCAGCUUCUCAGAGAGCUGCAGGCCACUGCUCCACAUGUACGACCAGGUGAUCCCUGCUGUACGAGACACGCUGAGGAAGAUCCCCGAGUUGAGCGAGAGCGAGGAGCUGGCAUUGGAAGAGAUCUGCCGCUCGGAGGGAGACGACACUGAUGACAUGGACACUGACACUGGUUCCUGACUGACUCCAUCAGUGACCAAUGAACAGACACAAAAGACGGUUUACUGACGGUCAAUGUGAUGAUUCUGAGACUGAGACAAAGACAGACCAGAGAGUCUGUUUUCAGUCAAACAUUCUUGAGUUAAAGUGGAUGUUGGAAAGAAAUGAAGGAUUAGAGAGAAAUCAGUGAUAUUAACUGAAGUGAAUGAAACAGUUUACAGGAUUUAAUCUGCUGAUUUAACAAUAAAACAUUAAGGUAAGAAAAACUGAUGCAGUCAAUGUUCACGUUCACCUGCGGUAUAUUCUGUCCUUCAGUCUUUCACCACCUCCUGUCUCACCUGUCCAUACUCUUCUUUAACAGUCAGGGCUGCUGCUUGUCUUGGACAUCUGUUAAAUAUGUAGUUACAGGUAGGUACACGUGCUAGGAACUAUUUGGAUAUUUUUCCACAAUUAUUAAUGUCUUUGCCUGCACCAAUACUUAAAAUACAGUUUUCCUAAAAACACUUUUUUUCUGUACUUCUCUGUAAUACCCUAAAAACUUUCACCCAACUUUUAAACAGUCAUUUUUUAACAAAAUAAAAAUUUUAUCAAGUAGUUACUCUUCGAUGGGUAUCUUCAGGAUAUUAUUGAUACUACUACACCUUCUAUUAUUUAUUAUCUACAUUUAAUUACAAGAAAAGUGCAAGAAAAGAAGAAAUCAAGAAUGUCAAUGUGAGCAGACUCAUUGCUUUGAGAGACAGGAGGAACUCAGAAACUAAACCUGUAUUUCUAGCAGAGGAACCUGGGACUGAAUUUAGUUCCUGUACGACAGUCUGUCUGGAUGGUUCAGUAACUUUUGUAGUGGAUUUUGCAGGGCUGAAUGUGGCUGACUGGUCAGGCACAGACCUUCUGGCAUGAGUAAUGGACAUUGUUUGUUUGAAUUGUUUAUUCAUCUUAAAAAUGAGGUUAGGCUUUGUUGAUGGCUUCCAGACUAGUUUACAAAUCAGUGUGAGGGAGAGUGUGACAGCGAGUACAAAGCAAGUGAAGAAAUGAAAUAAAACUAUAUUUACUAAUAGCUUUGUGGCAGUAAUUAAGAUAAACCGUUACACAGUUCAGUCUGGACGUCUGUGUGAAACAAACAGGCUGUGGAUGAAAAUUGAAUCAGGAUUUUCAGGAUAUCGCAAUUUAAGACGUUGCAUUUCCAAAAGUAUGCAUUGUGCUUCCUUAUCAAGGGGUGUAUUCCAGAAAACAGGUUUAGUGAAAACUAGACACUUUUUUUUUUUUGCUUAUUUGAUUUAUAUUGAUUUAUAAUAUACAUCCUUACCAUACUCUAGAUUAAUCCAUCUCUGUGGCAGUUUAGUGUCACACUGACAAUAGGAGAUGAAGGUUCAGAACACAAAAAAGUUUCCUCAAUUAAAACCAACCAAAAACCAGUCCAGGACCAGAACAGUUUGUUAAACAUCUUUAUUUAUUGUCCAGCUGUAACUGAGGUCUGAAUCAUACAGUAUUUCAGUGUAAGGCAUCCUACUGGCUGCUGCAGGUCUGUUGGAUAGCGAUUGUCCAGACUUAGUCACAGGAAACACAAGACUUGAGAGGUUGGGAAUAAUUUCAGUCCAGUUAUCUCAAGAACACAACUAUUUCCUUAUUAUGAAUCAACACAUGUUCUGUUCCUGUUUCCUGAGAUGCAAUUAUGCUGUUAGGUUGACGUAUCAGAAAUUGUUGUCUCAUGAUCUCAGAUGAACUGAGCUGUUAUUUUUGGGAUGGCGGUAAAGCGAAGCCACUUUUGUCAUGGGCUCAGUCCUUUGGGCCUCAAGAACAAGAGGUGUUCCUUAAAUAAGCCUGACCUGUAUUUUCUUAUUAUUACAGUGACAAACAUGUUUGUUCUCUGGGCAAAGUUUAGACGUCAUGUCACAAGAAAACUAUUUAUGAAUUUGUAUCUUAAGAACAAAAAUGAGUUAACUGUCAUUUCGGGAUAACUGUUCUCAUGAGAACCACAAAAAUACAAUUUGCAAAUGAAGUUUUGAUCCUGAGAUAACAGGCUUGUUUUUAGCAAUCAUGUUGGCUCUUUGCUGGUUGCUGACUUUGUGCGCCAACAAAACUGACCAUUCUUCUCUUAUAAUCCUAAGGAAGAACUAGGAAAGGUAAAAUACUGAGAGAGAAAGAAGCUGUGUCCCAUUUUAGGCUCCUUCAGAGUCCACAUUUUUAAAACCAGUGGUGUGUCCAGGCAUCUUCAUCAACUCCUUGAAUCAGAAAUUGUGGAAAACAGACCAAAGAAAUAGCCCCUGCAGGAUGGAGUCCACAGUUUGCUAUGUGUGGAGGCUGUGACACUUACUCACACACACCAGGACACACUACAUUUACAUGCAUUUAAAGAACUAGGUCACUCAGAGAAACCAGGUUAUGCAGCUAAUCAGAAAAUGUGUUUACAUGCAUGGAGUAACCUGGUUAUUAUAAACCUGUGGAUACAUGCAGCGGCUCUGACUUUAUUUUGGAAGCAUGUAUUUCUUAAUUUAGUCACAGAAGUUGCCCCUUAUUAUGUUCACAUGCUCACCUCUGAAAACUGACUUGUUUAGACUUACACACUACAGGCUACUUUGAUAGUGUCAGUCAGACUUUGGAUUUAGUUAUUUUGAAUACAAGAGCAAAAAUGUGUAAUUAUUUCUACUAUGAUUCACCUACUUUCAUUUUUUAAAGUCUGUCAUGCGCAUGUGCGCUAGUAAAAAAAAAUAAA